AUGGUAGACAUACAACCACCAUGGUUAAACUCAAUGAUCCAUGCCAAUUUCAGCACAACGCAGAACAGAAAAGUUAGUGAGAAAGCUUAUUUUUGUGUUGAUUGUGGAGGAAAAACUUUAAGCAAAACAGAGAUAGAAACAGAGCAUGAAGGGCACAAAAUUUUCCGAGCAAUGAAAAAUUCUCAUCAUUAUUGUUACACAAAAGAUGACAUUUUGAGUUUAGGGUCUGAAGUUUUAGACAUUUAUGGGGUUUGUGUUUACACAAUAAAUUCAACUUCUGUUUAUUUCCCAAAAUCAGUUUCUAAUAAAUAUCACAAUAUGAAGGGAACUCUUGGGUGUUGUUUCUCUUGUGGAAAACCUAUAAAAUGGUCUGCAUUAUUCUGUUCAAUUCUUUGCAAGUUAGUCUGUAAUGAAGACAACGCGAAACUCGAGACGAUGAAGUUGAUGAUGGAGCAACAAUCCCUGGAGGGUCUUUCUUUGAAGAAGAGAACAAACAAUAACAAGAAGAGAAAAAUGGUUGAGGAGAAAAAUAAUGUGGGUGUUACUUCGAAAAUCAAGCAUGGAGUUAUGGUAAUUCUGGAAAAGAAAACAGAACAACUAGUGAAGGGAGAAGGUAAAAAAAUUGUUAACGAGGCGAAAUUAAAGAAUUUGAUUGAUGUUGUUAAGGGUAAAAUUGUUGAGCAAAAUAAGCGGAAGAGGCCAAGGAAAGGAAUUCCAAGAAGAGCUCCUCUAUUUUGA